AUGGAAACAAUAUAUAUACGGGUACUUCUCAUUCUUAUUGUCAAGUCAUCUUCAACACUGGGCAGACCAUCUGACAGAGCCUCCAGAACGUCCCGACAAAGAUCCAACCCAGCUUACCAAGAACACGAGGAACCACUGCCACACCGGUCACCACAGCGGAGACGUAUAGAUCCUCUGUCGUUAUUUAGCGACGAGGAUCUAAAUUUCAUAUUUACACCACAACAGCACCAUCUUCCUGACUUGUCCGAUGACAGUUCGGAGUCAGACACGGGUACAGUGAGCAGAGCUCUACACAAUACCAUUUUACGAUCGUUCCGAAAUGACGGCACAGCCACCAACGCUAACAGCGACACCGUAGAAGGGGAAACACGCGGUUCGGCAAAUGAGAGAAAAGUCGCACCACAUAAGGUUAAAAUACUCGUGAGUAAAACGGCUGUACCUGCUGAAGACACUCCUCUAGAUGAAUAUCAGCUCAAUGCACAUUCCCGCAAGCAGGCUAGGCAUCCAUUCAAAACUAAGGACUUGGAACAAGAUACAAACGAAACGCACCAGGUUCAAGAAACUCGUGAAAAUCGACAUCCUAGUGGAAAAACGAACGUAUAUAGAGGAACCUUACACGCGAACAAUCGGCGAAAUGAUAACAGAUUUACCAACAAUCGAUUUAACCGAAAUCGGUUUAUCAUCGGAGCUCGUGCAGCUGCUGCUGUGGACUAUAAUCGUCCUCAGGGUAAAGACGAUACAGAAGGUUUUUCUGAUAACUUGCGAAACCAAAAUACACGAAAUAUUGAUUAUAGUCGUCCUUUUACUGCAAGUAAUGAAUAUCAGGCUCAAUCAGGCAACACCAUUCCUCAAUCAGGCAACACCAUUCCUCAAGCAGGCGAUUCUUUUAAUGCAGAAGAUUUGAAGUAUCCAGAUGAAUAUCUAGACCAGAGUUCACCUGAUAAUAAAGGCCAACCACCACAGGGAUCCUCCGCAAGCCACUCUCAAUUGAAGCCCCAUAACUCUCCUAUGGAUUCAAACAAUGUAGAACAAUCCAAACUGGAUCGAAAUAAUAUAGACCACUCCCAACUGAAUUCAAAUAACUUAAAGAACUCAGAGCUGAAUCGAAAUUUCUUAAAGCACUCCCAAUUGAAUCCAAACAAUUUAGACCACUCUUAUUUGGAUCCAAACAAUUUAAGACAUUCUCAGCUGGAUGCAAAUAAUAUAGACGAUUCUCAUUUGGAUCCAAACAAAUUAGGACACUCAUAUUUGAAUUCAAAUAAUUUAGAGCACUCAAAACUGGAUCCUAAUAAUUUAAAACACUCUCGUUUGGAUCCAAACAAUUUGGGUCACUCUCAAGUUGAUCCAAAUAAUUUAGAUGACUCUUAUCUGAAUCCAAACAAUUUAGAAAAGUCUGAACCCGGUAAAAACAACUUAGACAAGUCUCGCUUGGUUUCAAAGACGUCAGACCAUUCUCAACCGGGAACAAAUAAUUUUGACUACUCUCAACUUGAUCCAAAUAAUUUAGAUAACUCUUAUCUGAAUCCAAACAAUUUGGACCAUUCUUAUCUGAAUCCAAAUAAUUUAGAAAAGUCUGAAUCAGGUAAAAACAACUUGGACAAGUCUCGCUUGGUUUCAAAGCCUUCAGACCAUUCUCAACCGGGAACAAAUAAUUUGGACUACUCUCAACUUGAUUCAAAUAAUUUAGAUAACUCUUAUCUGAAUCCAAACAAUUUGGACCAUUCUUAUCUGAAUCCAAACAAUUUGGAAAAGUCUGAAUCAGGUAAAAACAACUUAGACAAGUCUCGCUUGGUUUCAAAGACGUCAGACCAUUCUCAACCGGGAACAAAUAAUUUAGACUACUCUCAACUUGAUCCAAAUAAUUUAGAUAACUCUUAUCUGAAUCCAAACAAUUUGGACCAUUCUUAUCUGAAUCCAAACAAUUUGGAAAAGUCUGAAUCAGGUAAAAACAACUUAGACAAGUCUCGCUUGGUUUCAAAGACGUCAGACCAUUCUCAACCGGGAACAAAUAAUUUGAACUACUCUCAACUUGAUCCAAAUAAUUUAGAUAACUCUUAUCUGAAUCCUAACAGCUUAGACCAUUCUUAUCUGAAUCCAAACAAUUUGGAAAAGUCUGAAUCAGGUAAAAACAACUUAGACAAGUCUCGCUUGGUUUCAAAGACGUCAGACCAUUCUCAACCGGGAACAAAUAAUUUGGACUACUCUCAACUUGAUCCAAAUAAUUUAGAUAACUCUUAUCUGAAUCCUAACAGCUUAGACCAUUCUUAUCUGAAUCCAAAUAAUUUAAACUACUCCCAGUUGGGACCAAAUGACGUAGAUCUCUCGCGUCUUGGACAAUACACUCAAGGCAACUCACAGAUUAAAUCAGAAUCACAGCAGCCACGCAAAGACAGACAGAAGCAUCAGUCAGAACAAGAAGAACACCAAUCAGAACAAGUACCUCGACAUUCCCCAACAGCUAAACAUCCAAUGGAUCCAGGCAUAAAUCAACAAAAGGACUUGUUCCAGUUGUCCUGA